UCGGCCGCCCAUUUCUAUGGCUAGUUUCCGGUUGUUACUGUGUUAGCUUUUCUUGUUCAUGGUUCUUCCGGUUGCCUACUUCAUGUUAGAGUGCCAUUAGGUUUACCCUCUUCUUGCUUGGCCGAAAAUAUGUAUGGGUUGUUGAACUUCUUAGCUUCUUCCUUCAUUUUCGUUGAGCCACUCUGUUCUACUUACAGUCAGCACUCUGUUUCGUUUCCCCUAAAUUAGCUGUAAGGCACUAAGGCUUGGAUGCCGGACAUGACACUGUUAUUCCGUAAUGGAAAAGGGGUUUCCCCGUGUUAUAAAAAAGGUUUACCCUCUUCCUUUCUCUCCCGAGAAAUGCGAGAUCACAGGGGUUCAGAGUCCAACCCAUCCAUAGUAUAUUCAGCAAGAAGUAGUAAUCAAAGUGCAAGUAGUCUACCGUGCCCUGUGUAGAAUCGCAACAAAAGUAUUGCAAGAACAUAGUAUCUGAUACUCUUUUGUGUUCUUUUUGUCAGAAGUUUGCAUCAAAAUCCCAGCUUUUUUCCCACAUCAUUUCCAUAAGAUACAAUGAACACGAAAGAAACCUGUGCCCAGUACUAAUCAAAAGAAGGGUCUGCACAAUUGCAGUAACUAAUUUGUUUCAUUGCAUUUGGGAAGGGGGACAUGACCAAGUUUGAACUUUGCCGAAUGAUAGGAUGUGGCAGCCAAAAGCUGACUCCUUAUCUUUUUUGAGCAAAACACUGUGAUCCCAUCAAAAUUGACAGGAAGGUUGCUUACAUUGGGGGAGAGGUACUGUGAAGAUGAGGCUAUAACAGUGGUUGAGAAGAUGCUUCAUCAAGUUCAUAUUGUUGGGGAAGGCGUCAUAGGGGAAGGUCUAGUAAGUGGAGAGUGUCAAUGGAUUUUCGAUGAUACUUGCCACACGUUGAAUCAGAGAAGCCAUGCAGAUAACCGAGACUUAUUCAAGGGCUAUACUUGGUGGCAGUAUCAGUUCCUGAAUGGAAUCAAGACUAUUGCAGUUUUACCUCUUCAAUUGCAGGGACUAGUGCAAUUUGGUUCCAUUCGAAAGGUUCCCAGGAACUUGGAUUUUUGCAAUCAGGUCAGAAACAUAUUUGCUCAGAUGAAGAACCCUUCAAGGGACCAUGAGUAUACCCAAAAAAAUUCUCUUGCAUAUGGUCAGCAACCUAUCCUCACUUCCUUGAGAUCUACGAAUGAGAAACUUAAAGAGAAUAUAGAGAGAACAGAAUCUCUAAGAAGUUCAAUCUGUUCUCCAAGCAAUUCACAGAGAUCUUUAAAUGAUUUAACCUCCCAUGGUACUGGCAACACCAGUAUGAAUGCUCAUAUAUUGGCCAUGCCUGUAAACUCCAUGUCUAUAUAUGAGCUCAAAGGAUUUGAUAACAUCACCGACUUCUUUCAUCAGAAUGUUGAUGCCAGAACUCCAUUGCAAGUUAACUCUAGCAAAGAGCCUGAUUCUAUUAUUGCCAGUGUAAUGUCGGCAUACAAAAGUUCGAACAAUCUUCAUAGGACAAAGGAGUCAUCUGAUCAGAAAAUGCCAGCAUAUCCCCCAUACUUUUACACUAGCACCAACUCUCCAAAUUCUGGUCUUGAUGAACUUCGUUAUUCUGGUGCCGGUUUCUCAUCAUCGUUUACAGAAGUAUCUGGAAAAGCCAAAAAUUGCCUCCAAACUGAGAGUGAGAAAUUUCUAUGUAAAUCUAUAUCAUUUAGCAGCAACCCUUGUGUUUCUGAAACACAAGAAAAUUGCAUCAUGCCACACCAUGUCCUUGAGCAUGAACAAUAUCUGAUACCUGAUCCUGGAGAAUGUCCGAGUCUGCUCUCACCUGAAGAAUCUUUUGUCGUUCAAAGUGACUUAAUGCAAUUGAAGGAUACUACCCACUUUACAUGCCAGGUCAAUAGUACAUUUCCUGAAUUAUCAAAUAGAACACCUGAAGAAGCUACUGCAGGAACAUCAGACAAUGACAUGAAGGAAUGUAGUGGAAAUAACUGUCUGCUAGAAAGUAUGAUGCUUGAUCUUAGCACUAACAGCUUUGUGCAAGAUUGGUGGGAUGACAGCGUUCUACUGGCAGGAAACCUUCCAAAUUUUGGCGACACACACUCGGAGUCUGUUACAGAACUGGCUAAUAAGCAUUCAUGGUCAGCUGGAGAGAGAGACUUGCCUUCCAUAUCUGUUGUUGAACAGUUACUUGGUGGUGGCGCGCAUACACCCGUGGAACGUAGUCCACUUGUGGCUGAAGCUAGUGCUUUGGCUGGCUGUGUUUCAGAUUAUAAGUUGCCUCAGUUUGCUUUUCGAGACUGUUUAACAGCAUACAAUGCACAAGUCCCGUCAUUGGCCUCCAGUAGCUAUGCAGCCGGAAAUGCCGAAAAUGGCUCUUCAAAGGCAACUUCGGUGCCACCAGCAAACAUAUCUGUGGAUGACAGCUGCAGUAUUAACACAGUGAAUUCCAAGGGCAGUCAGUCGAACUAUCCUGAGGGAAUGAAGGUUGCCAAGAAAAGAGCUAGAUCCGGUGAGAGCACCCGGCCUAGACCAAAAGACCGACAACUGAUACAAGAUCGUGUCAAAGAAUUGCGAGAGAUUGUCCCCAAUAGUGCAAAGUGUAGCAUUGAUGCUUUGUUGGACCGUACAAUUAAGCAUAUGCUGUUUCUACAAGGUGUAACCAAGUAUGCAGAGAAAAUUAAGCAAGCCGAUGAACCAAAGAUGAUCGAAAAAGAGAGCGGCGUCAUCUUGAAAGACAACCCGAAUGCUGGCAAAAAUGGUGGUGCGACAUGGGCCUACGAGGUUGCUGGCCAAACCAUGGUUUUCCCAAUAAUCAUCGAGGAUCUUUCGCCACCUGGUCAGAUGCUUGUCGAGAUGCUUUGUGAGGAACGUGGGUUCUUCCUAGAGAUAGCUGACAACAUACGUGGAUUCGGUCUGAUGAUCUUGAAAGGGUUGAUGGAGCUCCGUGAUAGUAAGAUAUGGGCACGGUUUCUUGUUGAGGCAACCAGAGACGUCACGAGGAUGGAUAUAUUUUUAUCACUAGUUCAGUUGCUAGAGCAGAACAGCCUCGUCCGAUGUACUGAGCCGAUGACUAAGGUCAUGAACAACGGGGUUUCAUCCUUCGCAGGCCAUCAGCUGCCUCCGCUCUCGAUUCCGGUCGGCAUCGCUGAGAGACUACAGUGACUGCAAAUGUUUCGAAAUAGAUAGAAUUAGGCUACUCGACUAGUCGGGCUGAUGGCAUAUUUGGUAGCCAGGACUCCAUGCAUUAGACAGAGCCUAGUGUUGACACUCGACAGUCUGACUGCUGCCAGAAACGCCAGUAUCAGGAAUGUGGCUGAUGCAAACGUGAGUUGCCACUGCCCUGCACUCCUAAUGACGACUCGGGGAUAGCCAGUUGAUACCGGUGUUUCUGUGUGCAGUGCUGUAUCGUUCGCUUGUGAGUGGACUCUUGACUGUGUUUUCUAGUCGGCAUCUCUUGACUCUGAACAUCUGUAGUAACUGGAGUUGGCUACUAGAGUGUACAUAUUCAACGCAUUCUAGAUGCAACAAUUGCAAGGA